GGACCAGGACCCGCAUUGCCUGCCGCCUCGGCUAUCCCUCAGGGUGUGUCUAGCAGCUACUCCAGGAAACAUGGCCAAGUUUGCCCUGAAUCAGAACCUGCCUGACUUAGGAGCUCCUUGUCUGUUCCCUGGUCCCACUGGGGGUGCCCGGAGCCCGAGCUCACCCUAUUCUGUGGAGACACCCUAUGGCUUCCACCUGGACCUGGACUUCCUCAAAUAUGUGGAGGAGCUGGAGCGCGGCCCCAUCAUCCGCCGAACCCCGGGACCCCCGCCCGCGCGCCGUCCUCGCGCGCCCCGGUCCGGUCUCGCGGGCGCGCGAAGUCCAGGCGCUUGGACAUCCAGUGAGUCCCUGGCUAGUGAUGAAGGUGGAGCUUCCGGAGCACUCUCCCCAGGGGCCCCGGGGCUCCAGUUGCCGCCGCUUUCGCCGCGCUCACUCGUGCGCAACCCGCGCGUGGAGCACACGCUGCUGGAGACCAGCCGGCGACUGGAGAUGGCACAGGCGCACGAGCGCGCGCUCAGCCCCUCCCGCGGGGUCCCACGAAGCCCGCGCGGGUCCGGCCGCAGUAGCCCCGCCCCCAGCCCUGCCCACAACCCCGCCCCCGCCUCGCCAGGCCCUGCACAAUUGCAACUGGUGCGCGAGCAGAUGGCCGCGGCGCUGCGGCGCCUGCGCGAGCUCGAGGAUCAGGCGCGCGCGCUGCCCGAGCUGCAGGAGCAGGUGCGCGCGCUGCGCGCCGAGAAGGCGCGUCUGCUGGCGGGGCGCGCGCAAUCUGAACCAGAUAAGGAGGUUGAGGAGCGCCCGUACAAGCUCGCCCAGCUGCGGCGGCUCACCGAGCGCCUGGCCACCUCCGAGCGUGGCGUCCGCUCUAAAGCCAUCCCCCGGGCUGACGGCCCCGACAGUUUGGCUGUGAGGCACAGCGAGGGUGCCGGGACUCCUGAUGGAGCGCCCCAGACCCGGGAGGCGGGCACCCAGGCGGUGCCUGAGAUCCAAGAGGCGGGUGCCCAGGCAGUUCCGAAGACCUGGGAGGCCGGCGUGGAGGCGGCUCCCAAGACCGUUGAGGCGGACGCGUGGGUAACCGAGGAGCUGCUGGGGCUCCCCGAGGUCGCUGAGCGCGAGCUGGAGCUGCUACGCGCCAGUCUGGAGCACCAGCGCGGGGUGAGCGAGCUUUUGCGCGGCCGGCUGCAGGAGCUGGAGAAUGCCCGCCAGGCUGCUGCUGUGGCUGCGGCGGCGGCCACGACCCAGCUGCACGAGGCUGCCACCCAAACUCCGUGGGGUUGUGCCGAGAAGGUCACGCAGACGGAGCCCCCAGCGGAGGCCACCUCCCUGACUCAGGAGAACCCGCCCCUACCCACGGCUGGAGACAAGGCCGUGGCCCCCGCGGGCAUCCUCAAAUCCAUCAUGAAGAAGAGAGACGGUACACCUGGCGCUCAACCCAGCCCUGGACCCAAGAGCCUGCAGUUUGUUGGGGUCCUCAACGGAGAGUAUGAGAGCUCCUCCAGCGAGGAUGCCAGCGACAGCGACAGCGAAGAGGGAGUCUCGGAGCCUCAGAGGAAUAGCUCUUCAGGAUCCGGGGAGGACAGCGGCGGAGGAUCCGACUCCGGCACCCCUGGUCCUCCCAGCGGCAGGGACUUCCCGGACCCAGAGCCUGAGGUGGACGCAGAACCUCAGCUAGGGACACAGGGGAGGUGCGAGCUGAGCCCACGUUUAAGAGAGGCGUGCGCUGCGCUGCACCGGCAGCUGGGCCGACCCCGUGGAAUUGCCCGCGAUGGCAACGCAGCGCGUCUUGUGGCCCAGGAGUGGUUUCGAGUGUCUAGUCAGCGGCGCUCUCAGGCUGAGACCGUAGCUGGGGUGUUACGAGGGGUGGCGCACCUGGGAGGCGAGCUACUGGCUCAUGUGGUGAACCUGGCAGAUGGCAACGGGAACACCGCGCUGCACUACAGCGUGUCCCACGGGAACCUGGCCAUCUCGAGCCUGCUUCUGGAUACGGGGGUCUGUGAGGUCAACCGCCAGAACCGAGCUGGCUACUCUGCACUCAUGUUGGCUGCACUCACCUCUGUGGGGCCAGAGGACAUGGCAGUGGUCCAGAGACUCUUCAGCAUGGGAGAUGUAAAUGCCAAAGCCAGCCAGACAGGACAGACAGCCCUCAUGCUGGCCAUCAGCCAUGGCCGCCAGGACAUGGUGGCAGCCCUGCUAGAGUGUGGGGCUGAUGUGAACGCACAGGAUGCAGAUGGGGCCACGGCACUGAUGUGUGCCAGCGAGUAUGGACGACUGGACACUGUUCGGUUGCUGCUGGCCCAGCCAGGCUGUGACCCUGCCAUCCUUGACAACGAGGGCACCAGUGCCCUGGCCAUCGCCCUGGAGGCUGAGCAGGAUGAGGUGGCUGCUCUGCUGCACGCCCACCUGAGCUCCAGCCAGCCUAGUUCUCAGAGCCAGUUGCCUCCAGACUCCCCAACAGCUACACCUGGAGAAGAAGGCAGUGACAAUGGAGAGGACUCCCAGCCUCAAUGAGCUGCCCAGCACACUAGACCUGGAUCAGAGAAUAAAGGGAGAUCCUUCCCAGAACAGGGUCAGGGUCCUCUGUACAGAUGCUUACCCUAGCCUGACAGAAAAGCUGCUUCAGCUGGGAUGGUUCAGUGUGAGGGAAUCCUUUACCCUGAACCCACCAAGGUGAGGUGGGACCUGGGGGAGUAAUAUAACUCCUGGUCUAACCACUCCCCAAAACUUCUUUCCUAAUAAAAGACUUCUACU